AUGAUCCAGAAUAUGAUUAAAGAAGGGAAGAUUGUACCUUCUGAGGUUACAAUCAAGCUUUUACAGAAAGCAAUUCAGGAAAACGGGAAUGAUAAAUUCCUCAUUGAUGGUUUCCCUCGCAAUGAGGAAAACCGUGCAGCAUUUGAGAAAGUUACUGAGAUUGAACCAAAGUUUGUCUUGUUCUUCGAUUGCCCUGAGGAAGAGAUGGAGAAGCGCCUGUUAGGCCGCAACCAGGGGAGAGAGGAUGACAAUAUUGAGACUAUAAGGAAGCGCUUUAAGGUGUUUCUUGAAUCUAGCUUACCAGUGAUUCAGUAUUACGAAGCUAAGGGAAAAGUUAGGAAGAUUAAUGCCGCCAAGCCCAUUGAAGCUGUAUUUGAGGAGGUGAAGACAAUUUUUUCUCCUGAAGCUGAGAAGGUAAAAAUCAAUAGUUGUUCUAUUCUCUAAGUAGUGAAAAAGGAAAUACAAAAUUCCUAUGAAUCACCUGUAAUGU